AUGGCUUGGAAUGAGACCAAACUCAAGAGGCUCUAUCAAGUUUGGAGAGGAAGCAAUAAAUUUCUUUGUGGAGGGAGGUUAAUCUUUGGUCCAGAUGCAUCAUCUCUAUACCUAUCGACCAUCUUGAUCCUCGGCCCCUCGGUGAUGUUCUUUGUAAAAAUGUACUUGAAAAUGGCUGAUCCUCUCACCAAGAAUCGAAACCUCUGUGUUCCAGUUCUCUCUGUCGCUUGGAUACUCACCCUUUUGGACAUAUUUUUCCUCUUCAUGACAUCUGGUAGAGAUCCUGGGAUUGUGCCUAGAAGUCUAAGGCCUCCUGAAUCAGAUGAUGUACCUGAUUCAACUACUCCUUCCAUGGAAUGGGUUAGCGGUAGAACCCCAAACAUAAGGUUACCAAGGGUUAAAGAUGUAACUGUUAAUGGCCAUACCGUAAAAGUCAAGUUCUGUGAUACUUGUUUGCUUUACCGUCCACCUAGAGCUUCUCAUUGUUCCAUCUGCAACAACUGUGUACAGAGGUUCGACCAUCACUGCCCUUGGGUUGGCCAGUGCAUUGGAGUGCGAAACUACCGGUUCUUCUUCAUGUUCAUAUCAACAUCAACCACUCUGUGCAUAUAUGUGUUUGUGUUCUCUUGGUUGAACUUAUUUCAAAGACAUAUGGAUGAGAAGAUUAGCAUCUGGAAAGCAAUAUCUAAAGAUGUUCUGUCUGAUAUUCUCAUAGUUUACUGCUUCAUUACCGUUUGGUUUGUUGGUGGGCUCACUAUAUUUCAUUCCUACCUCAUCUGCACUAACCAGACUACUUAUGAGAACUUCCGUUACCGAUAUGAUAAGAAGGAGAAUCCAUACAACAAAGGAGUUUUGGGGAACAUAAGGGAAAUAUUUCUAUCUAAGAUUACUCCAUCCAUGAACAAGUUUAGAUCAUUUGUGAAGGAAGAAGAUUACAUGAUGGUUGAAACUCCUACAUCAAAUCUUGGUGAAAGUCUAGUGAGCUCAAAAGAGAAGAUUGAUAUUGAAAUGGGGGGAGGAGGAAGGAUUGUUGAUGAGGGUGGAAAAACUUACUCACUCCCUGAGAUUCUCAGGAAUCUAAACUAUGAAGACCUUGACGAUGACUGUGAGGAAGAUGACUUGAAGACCAAGGAUCAUCACCACCACCUCCACCAUCAUCAUCAGAAUGAAGAAAUCAUCCCUCCUUUUGACCCUUUCUUCACCAAUGACAAUGGUGUUAACAAGGAUGAGAAAAAUGGACAAGAAUCAAGAGGAUCUUCAAGUGAUAAUGGAGAUUCAGGGAAACAUGUUGGAGUCUCCACUGAUGAUGAAGAAAAAGCUGAAGGGUAUGAACAAAAAUGGAGUAUGGACAGUGUCAUGAACAUAAACGCAGGAUCUGAAGAUGGAGCAAGCUCUCCUCAAUCUACUUCCCCAAUGCUUCGUAAAUAGAGGGCUUGAAGCUCGAGAAGUGGAGAAUGUUCUUUGUCAUUCUUUUAACUGUGUUUCAUAUAAUCGUGGAGAAAAAAAAAAUCCAGAGAAAUAAGAAACAUUGUAGGUUUUGUGCGUUUGAGGUGUAUUAGUUUUUUUCUUUUUCAUUUUAGUUGUAUUUAUAUUCACAUAUUUUUGUUAUUAAAAUGAUUUGGACCACGAAUUGUAAUGUAUACGAUUGUACUUGAAAAUUAUUUUCUUUUUAUUUA